AUGACAUUCUAUACAAUGCUCAAUGCUCAGCUCCAGUUGGAGGGUGAUAUCAAGCAUCCUACAUCACUUCGUCCAUUUACCAUCCAACAGACACUCCCUCUCAACCCACAUCUUAGUCACCGGUCCCAAGUACUCCUUACAAUCUCAUCACAGAGAGUUCAGCACUCCCCCAGAUUUCGCACCGCACCGCUCCGCUGGCGAUCGCGUAGAUCACUCUUCAAGAUUGGCUUCCGGCAACCGAUCCCGACGUGCACCUCCUUCCACACAGACAUUUCCACCAUCCACAUGCAUGUCUCCACACUCAACAUCUCAUCUUAA